AGGGCAACUGCGGGAUCUUCAGCACCAGCGCAGGCGGACACGCUUCUGCUGAGAAUAUCCUCCCAAGAUACAACAGUUGACUGGAGGUUUGAAAAUGGAAAAUCAACUUCAAAACAAACCCAGAAUUCUCUGCCUUCACGGCUUCAGAACAAGCGCCGAAAUCCUCAAGAAACUGGUGGGAAAAUGGCCGGAAACAGUGCUGGGAAAUUUGGAUCUCGUCUUCCUCGAUGCCCCUUUUCCAGCCCAAGGCAAAGCUGACGUCGAAGGACUCUUUGAUCCUCCCUAUUACGAAUGGUUCCAAUCCAACCAGGAUUUCACGGAAUAUAUAAAUUUUGAAGAAUGCCUUGCCUACAUAGAAGAUUACAUGCUAAAGCAUGGGCCCUUCCAUGGUCUACUUGGUUUCUCCCAGGGUGCAAUUUUGGCAGCUGCUUUGCCAGGGAUGCAAGCACAGGGAGUGGCUCUUACAAAGGUCCCAAAGAUCAAGUUUCUGAUAAUAAUAUCAGGGGCUAAAUUUGGAGGAUCUAGGUUCGGGUCUCCUAAGUUGGCUGCUAAUGCAUUUUCACCUCCCAUCCCCUGCCCCUCCCUCCACUUUAUAGGUGAGACGGAUUUCAUGAAGCAAGAGGGGACUGCUCUAUUGGAAUCAUUUGUAGACCCUGUUGUAAUUCAUCAUCCCCGGGGCCACACAGUUCCAAGACUUGAUGAGAAGGCCCAGGAAACCGUGCUCCAAUUCAUCCAGAAGAUUUGGAGUAUCUCGUUGCAGGAAGAGUAGAAGGUCUGCUUAGCUGAGACAGCAGACUUGUUACUUGAUUUCUUCUCAUUAAAUAUCAUGAUAGCCUUUCCUUUUUUCCUGAUGAUUUGUGGCUGUUAGGAAAAAGGCCUCUUGUUAUUUGAUGUAAUCGGAUCAAAAUAAUUUAAUCGUGUCCCAAUAUAAUGAAUGAUAAGGCUUUGUCCAGUAUGUUAGAUGCAAUUUAUUGUA